ACCAUCUCCUCAACAAAAAAAAAUUAAAACAAACACCUGAACUGAAUCAGUGGCAGUUUCGUGAAUACGCGACUGAAUCAAUCUCUGUUUGUUUCUUCUUCUGCAUUGUUAACCUUUCGUUUCGUNUUUUUUUUUUUUUUUUUUUUUUUUGGCUACGAUCUUCAUAGUGAAUCAUCAGCUAAGCGUGAAGAAGAGGUUUUCUUUUUUCCGAGAAAUGGAGAAUGUGUUGGUGGGUCGUGAUGGACAUGAAGAGCUCUCUUUGUUUUUGGAGAUGCGAAGACGCGAGAAGCUUCAAAUCGUUUCUUCUCUUCCAGAAUCUGGAGCAAACAGUGUUGACAAGAGUAGCACAAAGAGUUUAGAGAUCUUGGAAACGAGUAGGAGCGCUGUUGAAAAGUUCUUGGACUCUGAGAGUGACAAAUCUGAUUACGAAUGGUUACUUGCGGCUCCUGAGACGCUAGGAGGGCAAGAGAACUCAAUGGUUAAACUCAAAGAGACUAAAGCUAGGUCCAGUACUGCUUUGAAACAACGGGUUGAAAACAUUCCUCAAGAACCUGUGACACGGAGCGUCAAAGUUUCCAAGCCAAUCUCAAGAACUGCUUUAAGCAAACAAGUCAUCAACACCGCUGAAAAAGUAAAACUAAGCAGUAAACCGUCAAGACAACCCACACCCACUUCACGAACUACAUUACCUUCCACAAGACUAACCAACUCUGCUCAGAGUUCAAAUCCAGACACUAGAACCUCUACAAUCAAAUCCAAUCCAAGAGCAUCUGCCUAUACCUGUUCAUCCUCAGUGGGAAAGUCGAUUUCUAGUGCUAAAUCUACAACUCCAACAAUCCCUGAAACACGUGCUAGACCUGUCUCAGCCUCAAGAAGCAGAGUGUACAGCUCAGGUGACAGAUCAACAGGACGGUCCAAGACUAGUAAUGAUGUGAAUCCUGUGUUGAUGGGCACUCAAAUGGUGGAAAGAGUUGUGAACAUGAGGAAACUGCCACCUCCAAAAUACGACGAUAAAACGAGCUUGGGCUUUGGGAGAAAUCUCUCUAAGUCCUCCCUUGACAUGGCCUUGAGGCAUAUGAACAUAAGGCGUAGUAGUGUUUCGAAGAAUCUGAGGGUAACAAUCAAUGCCCCAACAAAUUUGAUGGACAAAAACGAGUCAUCGUGAUAUAUAUCCUCAUCUUUGGUGAUGAUCUCUUAUGGAAAUUACCUUAUAUUUUGCUACUUAUUAUAUAUAAACUAGACUCUACAUAGUAUUAUUUCGAACUUGUUUCAUUAGAGAAUUGUUUCCUAGCAACCAUUGGUUAUAUGUAUGAGGUAUCUCUCAGUAGACAUCGACUAGUACAAGUUAUAUCUCUCAUCAGAGAUCGACUAGUACAAGUUGAACCUAGCGGAGUCUUUGAGAAUCAAGAGAAAGAUAUAUUCUUCAAAACGUCCGUAUACGGUUUAGACUGUUUUGUUAUAACAAUAGUGA